AUGAUGACGUUCCACGGCAACACACCUAUGCAUUUCUUAGGCUCGACCGAUCCUGUCGCGUACGUCAGAGUGGAGGUGCUUGGCGGGUGCUGUCCGUUGGAGCCGGAGAAGGUGACGUCCCUAAUUACAGCGGCUGACACCAAAGAGUGUGGCAUCCUGGCCGACAGUAUAUUUGUGCUCUACUUCUCGCCUUUGCAUUGCGGCUGGAAUGGUACGAGCUUCUGA